AUGCUGAUUGGCGUGAUUCUUGCCCUCGUAGGGGCCUAUUGUACCGUCUGUUGGUUUGUCGAAAACCUCCGAACGCCGGCUCAACUGGUCCUAAACGGAUUGCGGCAGCUUUUCGACGGGAAGUCGUUCACUGACAAGUACGGCGAAUGGGCUGUUAUUACCGGCGCCUCGGAUGGCAUCGGUAAAGGAUAUGCCCACUAUCUGGCGGGCAAGCAAAUGCAGCUGGUGCUGGUGGCCCGUGACGAGGCCAAGCUGAACCGCGUGUCCAACGAGCUGACGAAAAAGUACGGCGUUCGAACGAUGGUACUGGUGGCGGACUUUACGCACGGGGAGGAGGUGUACGAACGUUUAGAACGGGAGCUUCUACCGCUUGAUGUCGGAGUCUUGGUGAACAACGUGGGGCUCGGAUACGAACGUGGCAUGUGCGUGGAGGAGCUACCGAAACGAACCCUUCGGAUGCUGCUGAAAGUAAACAUUGAGCCAGCGACACUGCUUUGCCACGCGCUCGUCCCGGGUAUGAAGGCACGUGGCCGUGGGUUGAUUAUCAACGUUUCCUCGCUGUCGGCGGCAGCUCCGGCACCCUUCCUGACCGUGUACGCCGCCGCGAAGGCCUACGUUCGGAACUUUUCAGCGGCCCUACGGGAAGAGCUGCGCCCGCAUCGGGUCGAGGUGCAGACCGUUCUGCCGGGAUUCGUGCGAACGAACAUGACGCAGGUGGUCGCCACCGAGUUCAAAGACGGACCCAUUGCAAAGCAGCUCGUCUCGCUGAACAACUUCAUGCGCUACGCUGGCUUCACCAUCGGUAAGACGGACCGGACGUGCGGACACUGGUCUCAUGGGUUGCAGUGUGCCGGACUAAGUCUCGUCCCGGAACGCGUGCGCAUUUUUGUUCUGAAGGUGAUUUACAGUCACUUGCGUAAGGCGACGGCAGUUUAG